GGUGAGAAAAAAAACAAAAAGCGACCAUAUGAAGAAGUAAUUGUUAACAAAGAUGAUGAUGAUGACGACGAUGACGAUAAUGCUUCUUCAAAAAGUUUAUCUGAAGAUCCACCUCAGACCACAGAUCUUAUAAGGGCACUGCAGGAACUGGAAAAUGCAGCUUCUGGAGAUGCAGCUGUGCAUCAGAGGAUAGGCUCAUUGCCAGUAGAAGUACAAGAUGUGUCACUUCUGAACAAGAUUACUGAUAAAGCUUCUGGAGAUCAGCUAGCAAAGAUGGUGGAUGAUGCUUGCAUGCUGCUUGCAGAUUAUAAUGGCAGACUAGCAGCAGAAAUAGAUGACCGCAAACAGCUGAACAAAAUGCUGUCAGACUUCCUGCAAUGUCAGAAGGAGGUCCUCGAUGAGAAGGAACACCAACUAGAAGAGUACAAGCGCAAAUUAGCAAGGGUAUCCCAAGUCCGGAAAGAGCUGAGGCUGCGGAGUCAAAAUCUGCCAGAUCUGUCACGUCUUCCAAACGUUACAGGAAGUCGAGUCCAUUUGCCAUACGCAAGUGACAUCUACAGUGAUGAAUAACUGGAAGUUGUGAGGUCAACGUCCCCGAUAGCCCCAGUUGUCUCGCUUAGAUUUGGAUAUCUUAUUAGUAUUAUUUUGUAUAUUGUUUAAAUUGACUUAAAUAUGUAUAUUGUUUAAAUUGGUUUGACUCUGAAUGAAUUAACUGUAUUAUGUAAAACAUUGAUAUUCUGUGUAUAGUAAAUAGCACAUAUUCAACAAAAACAUUAUAGUGGACAUUGUACAUUAUGUGUCUUACUUCCUGUUCAAUGUAAAUUAUUGAACUAUUUUGUUACAUAUAGAUUUAGAAUAAUGUUUUGUCACUACCUGUUUGGAUUACA